GUGGACGUUGACGUGGACUGGACGUGGACGUGCAUGGACGUGGUCGUAGUCUUGGACGUGGACGUGGACGUGGACGUGGACUUGGACGUGGACGUGGACGUGGACGUGGUCGUGGACGUGGACGUGGACGUGGACGUGGACGUGGACGUGGACUUGGAGGUGGUCGUGGACGUGGACGUGGACGUGGACGUGGUCGUGGACGUGGACGUGGACGUGGACGUGGACGUGGACCUGGACGUGGACGUGGACGUGGACCUGGACCUGGACGUGGACGUGGACGUGGACGUGGACGUGGACCUGGACGUGGUCGUGGACGUGGACGUGGACGUGGUCGUGGAGGUGGUCGAGGAGGUGGACGUGGGGACACGUGGUCGUGACGUGGACGUGGACGUGGUCGUGGACUUGGACGUGAACGUGGACCUGGACGUGGACCUGGACGUGGACGUGGACGUGGACGUGGACCUGGUCGUGGACGUGGACGUGGUCGUGGACCUGGACGUGGACAUCGACGUGGUCGUGGACUUGGAGGUGGUCGUGAACGUGGACGUGGACGUGGACGUCGACGUGGACGUGGACGUGGACGUCGACGUGGACGUGGUCGUGGACUUGGACGUGGUCGUGGACUUGGACGUGGACUUGGACGUGGACGUGGACGUGGACGUGGACGUGGACGUAGACGUAGACGUGGACUUGGACGUAGACGUGGACUUGGACGGGGACGUGGACGUGGUCGGGGACGUGGACGUGGACUUGGACUUGGACUUGGACGUGGACGUAGACGUGGACGUAGAAAUGUACGUGGACGUGGACGUGGACGUGGACUUCAACGUGUACGUGGACGUGGACGUGGUCGUGGACUUGGACGUGGACGUAGACGUGGACGUGGACGUGGACGUGGACGUGGUCGUGGACGUGGACGUGGACUUGGACGUGGUCGUGGACGUGGUCGUGGACGUGGACGUGGACUUGGACGUGGACGUGGACGUGGACGUGGACUUGGACGUGGACGUGGACGUGGACGUGGACGUGGACGUGGACGUGGUCGUGAACGUGGACGUGGACUUGGACGUGGACGUGGUCGUGAACGUGGACUUGGUCAUAGACGUGGACGUGGACUUGGUCGUGGACGUGGACGUGGACGUGGUCGUGGACUUGGUCGUGGACGUGGACGUGGACGUGGACGUGGACGUGGACGUGGACGUGGACGUGGACUUGGACGUGGUCGUGGACGUGGACGUGGACCUGGACGUGGACGUGGACGUGGACGUGGACGUCGACGUGGACCUGGACGUGAACGUGGACGUGGACUUGGACGUGGACGUGGACCUGGACGUGGACCUGGACGUGGACGUGGACGUGGACGUGGACCUGGACGUGGUCGUGGACGUGGACGUGGUCGUGGACGUGGUCGUGGACGUGGACGUGUUGGACGUGGACGUGGACGUGGACGUUGACGUGGACGUGGACGUGGACUUGGACGUGGACGUGGACGUGGACGUGGACGUGGUCGUGGACGUGGACGUGGUCGUGGACGUGGACGUGGACGUGGACGUGGACGUGGACCUGGACGUGGACGUGGACGUGGACGUGGACGUGGACGUGGUCGUGGACGUGGACGUGGUCGUGGACGUGGACGUGGUCGUGGACGUGGACGUGGACGUGGACGUGAUCGUGGACGUGGACGUGGACUUGGACUUGGACUUGGACGUGGACAUGGACGUGGACGUGGACUUGGACGUGGACGUGGACGUGGACCUGGACCUGCAUGUUGACCUGAACGUGGACGUGGACGUGGACGUGGACGUGGACGUGGUCGUGGACGUGGACGUGGACGUGGGCGUGGACGUGGACGUGGACGUGGUCGUGGACCUGGACGUGGACUUGGACGACGUGGACGUGGAGUUGGACGUGGACGUGGUCUUGGACGUGUACAUGGAGUUGGACGUGGAUGUGGACGUGGACGUUGACGUGGACGUGGACGUGGACUUGGACGUGGACGUGGACGUGGACGUGGACGUGGACGUGGUCGUGGACGUGGACUUGGUCGUGGAUGUGGACGUGGACGUGGUCGUGGACUUGGAGGUGGACGUGGACGUGGACGUGGACGUGGACGUGGUCGUGGACGUGGACGUGGUCGUGGACGUGGACGUGGACGUGGACGUGGACGUGGACCUGGACGUGGACGUGGACGUGGACGUGGAUGUGGACGUGGUCGUGGACGUGGACGUGGACGUGGUCGUGGACGUGGACGUGGACAUGGUCGUGGACUUGGACGUGGACGUGGUCUUGGACGUGGACGUGGAGUUGGACGUGGACGUGGACGUGGACGUGGACGUGGUCGUGGACGUGGACGUGGACUUGGACGUGGACGUGGACGUGGACGUGGUCGUGGACGUGGACGUGGUCGUGGACGUGGACGUGGACUUGGACGUGGACGUGGACGUGGUCGUGGACGUGGACCUGGUCGUGGACGUGGACGUGGACAUGGACGUGGAGGUGGUCGUGGACUUGGAGGUGGUCGUGGACGUGGACGUGGACGUGGACGUGGACGUGGUCGUAGACUUCGACGUGGACGUGGAGGUGGUCGUGGACUUGGAGGUGGUCGUGGACGUGGACGUGGACGUGGACGUGGACGUGGUCGUGGACGUGGUCGUGGACUUGGACGUGGACUUGGACGUGGACGUGGACGUGGACGUGGACGUGGACUUGGACGGGGACGUGGACGUGGUCGUGGAGGUGGACGUGGACUUGGACUUGGACUUGGACUUGGACGUGGACGUGGACUUGGAGGUGGACUUGGAGGUGGUCGUGGACGUGGACGUGGACGUGAACCUGGACGUGGACGUGGACGUGGACGUGGACGUGGACUUGAACGUGGACGUGGACGUGGACGUGGAGUUGGACGUGGUCGUGAACGUGGACGUGGACGUGGACUUGGACGGGGACGUGGACGUGGUCGUGGACGUGGACUUGGACUUGGACUUGGACUUGGACGUGGACGUGGACGUGUACGUGGACGUGGACGUGGACUUGGACGUGGACGUGGACGUGGACUUGGACGUGGACGUGGACGUGGACGUGGACGUGGUCGUGGACGUGGACGUGGACUUGGACGUGGUCGUGAACGUGGACGUGGACGUGGAAGUGGAACUUGGACGUGGACUUGGACGUAAACUGGACGUGGACGUUGACGUGGACGUGAACGUGGACGUGGACGUGGACGUGGACCUGGACGUGGACGUGGACGUGGACUUGGACGUGGUCGUGAAUGUGGACGUGGACGUGGAAGUGGAGUUGGACAUGGACGUGGACGUGGACGUGGGCGUGGACUUGGAUGGGGACGUGGACGUGGUCGUGGACGUGGACUUGGACUUGGACUUGGACUUGGACGUGGACGUGGACGUGGACGUGUACGUGGGCGUGGACGUGGACGUGGACUUGGACGUGGACGUGGACGUGGACUUGGACGUGGACGUGGACGUGGACGUGGACGUGGUCGUGGACGUGGACGUGGACUUGGACAUGGUCGUGAACGUGGACGUGGACGUGGAAGUGGAGUUGGACGUGGACGUGGACGUGGACUUGGACGAGGUGGUCGUGGACGUGGACGUGGACGUGGACGUGGACGUGGUCGUGGACGUGGUCGUAGACUUCGACGUGGACGUGGAGGUGGUCGUGGACUUGGAGGUGGUCGUGGACGUGGAGGUGGACGUGGACGUGGACGUGGACGUGGUCGUGGACGUGGUCGUGGACUUGGACGUGGACUUGGACGUGGACGUGGACGUGGACGUGGACGUGGACGUGGACUUGGACGGGGACGUGGACGUGGUCGUGGAGGUGGACGUGGACUUGGACUUGGACUUGGACUUGGACGUGGACGUGGACGUGGACUUGGAGGUGGACUUGGAGGUGGACGUGGACGUGGACGUGGACGUGAACGUGGUCGUGGACGUGGACGUGUACGUGGACUUGGACCUGGACUUGGACGUGGACGUGGACGUGGACGUGGACGUGGACCUGGACGUGGACGUGGACCUGGACGUGGACGUGGACCUGGACCUGGACGUGGACGUGGACGUGGACGUGGACCUGGACGUGCUCGUGGACGUGGACGUGGACGUGGACGAGGACGUGGACGUGGACGUGGUCGUGGACGUAGUCGUGGACGUGGACGUGUUGGACGUGGACGUGGUCUUGGACGUGUACGUGGAGUUGGACGUGGACGUGGACGUGGACGUGGACGUUGACGUGGACGUGGACGUGGACUUGGACGUGGACGUGGACGUGGACGUGGACAUGGUCGUGGACGUGGAGUUGGUCGUGGAUGUGGACGUGGACGUGGACUUGGAGGUGGACGUGGACGUGGACGUGGACGUGGACGUGGACGUGGUCGUGGACGUGGACGUGGACGUGGACGUGGUCGUGGACGUGGUCGUGGACGUGGACGUGGACGUGGUCGUGGACGUGGACGUGGACGUGGACGUAGACGUGGACGUGGACGUGGACGUGGACGUGGACGUGGUCGUGGACGUGGUCGUGGACGUGGACGUGGUGGUCGUGGACUUGGAGGUGGUCGUGGACGUGGAUGUGGACGUCGACGUGGACGUGGACGUGGUCGUGGACGUGGUCGUGGACUUGGACGUGGACUUGGACGUGGACGUGGACGUGGACGUGGACGUGGACUUGGACGGGGACGUGGACGUGGUCGUGGACGUGGACUUGGACUUGGACUUGGACUUGGACGUGGACGUGGACGUGGACGUGGACGUGGACUUGGACGUGGACGUGGACGUGGACUUGGACGUGGACGUAGACGUGGACGUGGACGUGGACGUGGUCGUGGACGUGGACGUGGACUUGGACGUGGUCGUGAACGUGGACGUGGACGUGGAAGUGGAGUUGGACGUGGACGUGGACGUGGACGUGGACGUGGUCGUGGACGUGGACGUGGACGUGGACGUGGACGUGGACGUGGAGUUGGACGUGGACGUGGACGUGGACGUGGACGUGGACUUGGACGUGGUCGUGAACGUGGACGUGGACGUGGAAGUGGAGUUGGACGUGGACGUGGACGUGGACUUGGACUUGGACGUGGACAUGGACGUGGACGUGGUCGUGGACGUGGACGUGGACUUGGACGUGGACGUGGACGUGGUCGUGGACGUGGACGUGGUCGUGGGCGUGGACGUGGACGUGGAGGUGGACUUGGAGGUGGUCGUGGACGUGGACGUGGACGUGGUCGUGGACGUGGACGUGGACGUGGACCUGGACGUGGACGUGGACGUGGACGUGGACGUGGUCGUGGACGUGGUCGUGGACGUGGACGUGGACGUGGACGUGGACGUGGACGUGGACGUGGACGUGGACCUGGACGCGGUCGUGGACGCGGACACGGACGUGGACGUGGUCGAGGACGUGGACGUGGACGUGGACGUGGACGUGGACGUGGACCUGGACGCGGACGUGGACGCGGACGCGGACGUGGACGUGGACGUGGACUUGGACGUGGACGUGGACGUGGACUUGGAGGUGGUCGUGGACGUGGACGUGGACGUGGACGUGGUCGUGGACGUAGACGUGGACUUGGACGUGGACUUGGACGUGGACGUGGACGUGGACGUGGACCUGCACGUUGACCUGCACGUGGACGUGGACGUGGACUUAGACGUGGUCGUGGACGUGGACGUGAACGUGGACGUGGACGUGGACGUGGUCGUAGACGUGGUCAUGGAGUUGGACGUGGACCUGGACGUGGACGUGGACGUGGUCGUGGACGUGGACGUGGACUUGGACGUGGACGUGGACGUGGACGUGGACGUGGUCGUGGACGUGGACGUGGUCGUGGACGUGGACGUGGAGGUGGACUUGGAGGUGGUCGUGGACGUGGACGUGGACGUGAACGUGGUCGUGGACGUGGACGUGGACGUGGACCUGGACGUGGACGUGGACGUGGACGUGGACGUGGACGUGGGCGUGGACGUGGACGUGGACGUGGACGUGGACUUGGACGUGGACGUGGACGUGGACGUGGUCGUGGACGUGGACGUGGACGUGGACGUGGACGUGGAGUUGGACGUGGACGUGGACGUGGACGUGGACGUGGACGUGGACGUGGACGUGGUCGUGGACGUGGACGUGGUCGUGGACGUGGACGUGGACGUGGAGGUGGACUUGGAGGUGGUCGUGGACGUGGACGUGGACGUGAACGUGGUCGUGGACGUGGACGUGGACGUGGACGUGGACGUGGACGUGGACGUGGACGUGGACUUGGACGUGGACGUGGACGUGGACGUGGUCGUGGACGUGGACGUGGACGUGGACGUGGACCUGGACCUGGACGUGGACGUGGACGUGGACGUGGACGUGGUCGUGACUCGACUCAAAACGCCCACUCCCUGCGCCUCUCUCCAUUCUUUGCUUCCACCCCCUCUACCGCGUCCGACGACCACACGGCUCGACAUGGACGUGGACGUGGUCGUGGACGUGGACUUGGACGUGAACUUGGAAGUGGACGUGGACGUGGACGUGGUCGUGGACGGGAACUUGGACGUGGACCUGGACGUGGACGUGGACGUGGACGUGGACGUGGACGUGGACCUGGUCGUGGACGUGGACGUGGACGUGGACGUGGACGUGGAUGUGGUUGUGGAUGUGGACGUGGACGUGGACGUGGACGUAGACGUGAACGUGGUCGUGGACGUGGUCGUGGACUUGGACGUAGACUUGGACCGGGACGUGGACCUGGACGUGGACGUGGACGUGGACGUGGACGUGGACGUGGACGUGGACGUGGACCUGGACGUGGUCGUAGACGUGGACGUGGACGUGGACCUGGACGUGGUCGUGGACGUGGUCGCGGACGUGGAAGUGGUGGACGCGGACUUGGACGUGGACGUGGACGUGGACGUGGACGUGGUCGUGGACGUGGACGUGGACUUGGACGUGGACGUGGACGUGGACGUGGACGUGGACUUGGAGGUGGUCGUGGACGUGGACGUGGACGUGGACGUGGUCGUGGAGGUGGACGUGGACGUGGACGUGGACGUGGACGUGGACGUGGACUUGGACGUGGACGUGGACGUGGACGUGGACCUGCACGUUGACCUGGACGUGGACGUGGACGUGGACGUGGACGUGGUCGUGGACGUGGACGUGGUCGUGGACGUGGACGUGGUCGUGGACGUGGACGUGGACCUGGACGUGGACCUGGACGUGGACGUGGACGUGGACGUGGUCGUGGACGUGGACGUGGACGUGGACGUGGACGUGGACGUGGACGUGGACGUGGUCGUGGACGUGGACUUGGUCGUGGACGUGGACGUGAACGUGGACGUGGACUUUGACGUGGACGUGGUCGUGGACGUGGACGUGGACGUGGACGUGGACGUGGUCGUGACGUGGACGUGGACGUGGACGUGGUCGUGA